GUCAAGACCUUAAACUGUAUCCGCCUUUAGGUGAAACUGGCCAAUCACAGUGCAGGAGCGAUUUUUCCACAAGGAGGGCGAGUUGUGUCGAUUUCAGAGACACUAUGGAGGAAGGUCAGGAUUUUUCUCUCCACGCGAAGCCAGUUGUAAAUGAUGCUAAUCUGAGAGACGAGUACUACUGGAAGCUUGUUGCAGACUUCAUCGGCCCUCAAUCAGGGGAAGGCCUGGAGCUGAAUCAAGGGCCAUGUAAGAACAGACUGAUGAUCCAGGUUGGACUUCUGAGGGAGGACAAUAAUUUCCCCUGGCUCGCCAUCACAGAAUGGCUGAAGAAGAUCUUCCCGGCUCAUCAGUCGGCUGACUUCCGCUGUUUGAUCGAAAGAGGCAUUGCGACCACUCUGAGCUUGGGCACCGAAGCCAGGUUUACCUUCCUGGACUCGGACGUCAACUUCAACUUUGUUGGGCCGAUAUGCGACAGUAUCGGGGUGGAGCGCCAGCAUCUCCUGGAGCUGAGGGAUUUCUCAGAGCGGGCGCGGUCCAUCGAAGUCACAAACGGACUCAUUCUCGAGUUUACCAACUUCGUCGCCAGGGAGAAAAUCUCCCCGGUCGUCAUUGUGACUUGGCUUAAAAACUUCAACCCAGAUUACUGCAAGCACGGGGACAUCCAGAAGGCGUACAAACUCCUGAGGGCCCGGAUAAAGAAGCUGAAGAUUUGCUGUCGCAACUAUGAGACGAGGAGUCACAGGAGAAAUGCAGCCAUAGAAAAGGUGCUGCAGAGCCCGUUUGAACUGGUUCGCAGGAAAUCCCCAAAGCUGUUUGCAAAGAAACGCAUGAGGAGGGAUGACUAUGAAAGGGUCAUAAUCAAAGAAGAGGAGGAGUGGUCAGAAAUCUCACAAAGUAGACCUCCUGAGGUGCCACAGGAGGUUCUGGGAAACCCAGUGCAGACAGCGAGCGCUAGCAGAGGAGGCGAGGAGGACCAGAAUGUCUCCAGCCAUCAGGAAAGCUUCGGCGACCGAGGAGAAUCCCUCACCCUGCUGGACAUCGCCAUGCUGUCCGUCCAGAAGCUGUCCAGCGUUUAUGGCGGCAAAACGGAGACGUGCAAAGGCGUUUCCCUGGAUCUGCUCAAGAAUCACUACGCCCUGACCUACAAGGAGCACCCGGCCAUGGAGGACUUUGAGAACAAGGUGAGCGCUGCGUGGAGAGAGUCUUCCCUCGUGCCUCCCGUGGUGUUUUUGAACUACAACGCCAACUUCCUGGUUGGUCUGCACGACGCCGUGGAGGCGCAGAUCAUGAGCUUUGAGAAGGAGAUCAUCCUGUCCACGGGAGUCAAACUGGGCCGAGACAAUCUCUCAAAGUUCAAGAACUUUGUCAACCUGCCGGAGAGCGCCACGUCCCGCUACAUCCACAUGGCCUGCGACAUCCUGAGCCCCAUCAGCGCCGAAAAGCCCAACUACAGGAAGCACUGGGUGGCGUUCUGCGAGGAGAAGGGAAACCCCUCCAGGCUCGCUGUGAACCAGUCAAACAGGUUGAACAACUACUUCGAAGCGGCGGCGGGCCUCAUCCACCAUCACAAGGAGACCGCCCUCUUCUUCGCGGACCUGCUGUCCAUCGCCAACGACCCGGUUCCCAACGUCAUCCUGGAGAGCGUGGCGGCCGACGCCAACGACUCCAUGAUCCAGUGCUUCGUGUGCGUGGUGGCCAUCGUUUACUGCAAGGUCCUGGGCCCCUACUGGCAGCUGCUGAAGAGCGGAGGCGAGUACGCGCUCUUCAGCCGCUUCCUGCUCUGCCUCUACCAGCGCUUCAUCGACUGGUCCAAAGACCCGUCCACCCUGCUGGAACCGGAGGACGGCAACAACGUCUUCCUGCAGUUCCCGCUGCAGGAGAGGGUUUUCAGCGGCGUGUUCCGCUUCUGCGGCGACUGGCACACAAACCGAGACCUGAUCCGAGCCUGCCUGAAGAGGACCGUGAAGGUGAUCGCUGCCGUCACCGAGGAACACCUGAAGGAGUUCCUGCCCGGCGGGAGGUUCUCCCAGACCCCCUCCAGCGACCUGUGCCUGCAGAUGGUCAGCUGCACGUUCUCCGUGUUGAUGGCGGAGUAUCCCUUCGGCCACGCCUAUCCGUACAAGAAGAAGAGGCCGGACCAGCAGGCCAAGGGUUCCUCAAAGGGCGCGUUGGAGAGCUCGCAGGAGGACGAGGGAAUGUCUGGCAACAGCUCCGACGAAGCCUCGCGGGGUAGAAGCUUCUCCCGGGUCGGCCAGAACGAGCUCAGUCCUCAGACCAGACGAGCUCCUAAAAGAGCUCAGGAGGAGGAGCAGGAGGAGAACAUGGACAAGGACUACAUUACCGCCGUGGUGACCAAAAACGGAGGUCCCUGCAAGACCCAGCAGGACCUGGAUAAGAUGAUGCUGCGCUUCGACGGGAAGUCCCGAUCCGAGAGGCGGGAGGCUGUCCGCUGCGAGAUGCUCUACCAGAAACUGGUUCUGAACAACGCCGACCAAAACCUGGACUACCACACGCUCAACACCACCCAGAUGGUGAUGAAGCUCAAGCUCGCUCUCCCUCGGGUCAAACCUGGAUACUCGCUGGUGCUGGCGCCCAGGAAGACCAAACCGAAGCCUCUGGUCCAGAACGCCGCAGCAGAUCCUGAUGCUGAGGACGCCGCCGAGCCGCCGCUGGCGUCCAGAGAGGAGAGUCCAGACUGCUGCUCAGUGGAUGUGGGGAUGGAGAAGUGAGCAGGAGCCGUCCCACAGACUUCAGACGGUCCACAGGAGGCAUGCCUGAUGUGGAAUCAGGAAUCAAUGCCUCGCUGCUGGUGUUUCAGGAAAAGGAACCUUUAAAUGUGCGAUUGUUCUUCACUUUGACCUCUGUCAAAAUAAACAUUGUUUGUCUUUUUUUUUUUUUUUUUACUUUUUUUUCUUUUACAACAGGAAAGGGCUAAUCUGUAAAAAUGUAGUGAAAUAUUUGUAAGAAGUGGGGGUGAGUGUAAGCUUUCAUCAUGGCUGGAAAUAAAACGUGCUUCAAGCUUUUAUAUGUUUGCAGCUGAACUUUCA